AGGGGGAGGCGGUCGGGAUUGGAGCGGGCUCUGGUUUUUGCAGGCCUGCCAGAUGAGGUCUACUGCGGGAUAAAGUGUUUCUUUUCCUCGGUGGAUUAUCAGUCGGGAGUUUCCUCUGGACUACCGCAUCGACCCUUCACCGGACCGGACCGGACCGGACCGGACCGGGGCGAGAAACGAGGACAUAUCGCUUUAAUGGUGGACUUCGGAAGAUGCUGUUUCUAGUCUGUCUCCUGGUUUUGUCUGGACCGACACUGGGACAGGAACAAGGGUCCGAUGUUAAAGUGGUUGUUAGAGAAGACAGCGACGUGGUGUUGCCCUGUUCCCUCAGCACCAAGGAGAGCGUUGUAACGGAGGUCUUUGAUUGGAGAAAAGCUCCUCAGGAAGAUGAAGAUCUGAAGGAGGUGUUCCUGUAUGAUGCUGGCAUCCAUUACAACAACGGUCGUCCAGGUCAGAGUCCCGAGUUCAAAGGUCGAGUCUCUCAUUUCCCAAAUGAACUGAAACACGGCAACGCCUCCAUAAUCAUCAGAAAUACAAAGAUAUCUGACAGUGGAGAAUACAGCUGUUAUUUUCCUCGUCUUCAGCCACGUCAAACUUUCUACAUCAACCUUGUUGUUGGUCCAACACCAAAUCCAUCUGUCACAACUCUCAACACCACCUCUCCCUGGGCCCUGCUGCAGUGUGACGUUCAUGGUGCUUCUCUAACAUCUGAAGUCGAGUGGAGGGACGGGGCUGGGACCAAACUACCUGCUGUGGAGACACGGACCCCAGAAACCAGAGACCACUACCACAUCACCCUCAUCACCACGGUGACCAAGACAGACAACUACCGCUGUGUCGUCACCCAGGAGGAAAUCAACCAUCAGACUCAGGCUGAGACCUUUGUUCUUAUCAGUGGGAAAGUGUGUGAGGACUCAUCCAGUGAAGCAGUCGGAUGGAUUGGUGGAUUUGUUUUAGGAGCUCUGAUUCAUGCUCUAGUUCAAACUCUGCUUGUUGUUACAAAGAUCAUCUCAAUACGCUGCAAUAAAGCCAGCACACGGAAUAGAAACAGCAGCUCCAGAGGUCCUAGUUUCUGUCCCCCCCCCAUGAAGAAAUUACUUUUGCUUCCAAGGACGCCACAAUCUCAAGAAUAUAGAAAUACGGAGAAAUCCAGAGCAUAUAGUCUUAAUUAGCUUUGUAGCAACUCAUGUGGCGAUGGCUUGAAUGUAACGGGAAUUUGGUGUUACUUCUUUAACUGAGGGUUACACCGGGAACUACUUCCUGUAUUUCCUGUAUUGUUCCCCCCCCGCCCACCACCAGACACAUCUGAGUGCUGGCUGAGUACCUCCACUUCAUCUGGUUCAGAUACACCAACACAUAAAAAUAAAUGCAUACAUACAUGAAAAAGGGGCGUAUGAAAUUUCCAGUAAAGAGGUUAUGCAGAGGUGUAGUGGUAAAAAAAGAGGUGGGUAAACUAUAAAUUCUGUAAUACCAUCUAUAUAUUUAUUUAUUCUCUCUCUCUCUCUCUCUCUCUCUCUCUCUCUCUCUCUCUCUCUCUCUCUACACAUUUCUCCACUUUUUUACAUUGAUCCUCUCAGUUUUUGUUUUGUGAAGCAGUUUGUGACAUCUGUAACAUGAAAAAAAUGUAAAUAAUGUAAAUAAUAUUAUAAAUAUUAAGUUCCUAAAGCUCGGAGGCUUAAAGCAGAAAGGACCGAACCGAAGCCCUCUAUGACCAGGCGACCAGAUCUCAGACCAGAUCUCAGACCAGAUCUCAGACCAGAUCUCAGACCAGAUCUCAGCCCAGAUCUCAUGCUCACAUCAACAUCUAUAAUAUUCAUGUGUGUAACGUGUAGUUCAACAAACAGCUGGUCCAUCACAAAGCAACAAUUAUGCAAAUUAAUGAAUAGGAAGUUUGUUAGUUGUUAGAUAACGUUAAUGUUCUGAAUUGUCACAUUGCUGUUACGUGUUAUUGGAGCGUCUCAGGUAGUAGAGUGGUCCCUAACCAAUCUAAAACACACACACACACACACACACGACAUGUGAUCUGAUCAGAAUAUCAGGUGAUAGAAGUCGUUGUAGAUAAUGAUGGUCUGAUGAUUUUAUUGUAAAAAGAUAUUUCAGCUGAUUUUCUAUUUUUGUAUUUUCAUUGUGGACGCUGCACUCUGCUCGUUGUUGGAUGAAUGCAGACUGACCGUCGUUAUAGACGUAUGUAUGUAUGUAUGUAUGUAUGUAUGUAUGUUUCCUUAUUAUAAUUAUUUUAUAUAUAUUUUAACUUGGAAUGUAUGUUUUUAUUGGAGAUGUUUUGA